UUCCUUGUUCAAAAGUUUUAUUUACGGGAAGGUCCUGGGAGAAGUUGGCCACCGGCUAGCGUAUUUUGUCAAUAUUAUCGGCACAUAUCGAGGAAAUGAAUCACAUUUGUCGUACAUUUGGGAAUAACUAGGGUGUCGCACGGGCCUUUCCACAUGGCUGUGAUAUUAAGCUGGCUGAUGUUGCUCUGAAAAGCUCCGCAAAGAGGAAGAUGUCCACGGCUAACGUUAGCGAAGAUUUUAGGGUGAAGUUUCCAUUGCAUUCCUCAGUGUGGGAGAAUGAUUACAGGAAAUUGGAGAGAGAAUUAACACAGAAUGACAUAGAAGCCGUGGAUCCCAGAGGGAGGACACCUCUGCACCUCGCUGUGUCGCUGGGGCACCUGGAGUCAGUGAGAGUCCUUCUGAGACAUGGCGCUGAAGUGACUAAAGAAAACGCCAAGAACUGGACAGUGCUGCAGGAGGCAGUGAGCACUGGAGACCCAGAGAUGGUUCAGCUGGUGCUUCAGCGCAGAGACUACCUCAAAGCCUCCACAGCCCUAGGAGGAGUGCCUGAGCUGCUGUCCAAGAUCAGAGAGUCUCCAGAUUUCUAUAUGGAAAUGAAAUGGGAGUUCACAAGUUGGAUUCCUCUUGUAUCCCGGGUUUGUCCAAGUGAUGUUUGCCGCAUUUGGAAAAGUGGUGCCAGUCUGCGAGUGGACGCCACUCUUCUGGGCUUUGAGAACAUGACCUGGAUCAGAGGACGCCGAAGCUACAUCUUCAGGGGAGAUGAUGCAUGCACAGAGUUGAUGGAGGUGAACCACGAUGAGGAGGUGGUGGACACUGAACGCUUCAACAUAUCACAGGAGAUGGAGGAUGUCACACUAGAUUCAAUGCAGCCAGCCGAACAGGAAGUUGCCAAGAGGCUGACCAGUCCUAUUGUCAACACAUACCUGGACACCAAGGAUAUUGCUUUUGAGAGGAGCAAGUCUGGGAUAUGGGGCUGGAGGACUGACAAAACCGAAGCUGUCAAUGGAUUUGAAGCAAAGGUAUUCAGUGUGAACAAUGUGAAUGUGGUAAUAAGGACAAGGACAGAGCAUCUUACAGAUGAGGAGAAGGCCAGGAUAAAAAGUGAGAGGAACGUCCUUGAGUCUCUCCUGGGGACUGUGGAGCAGCACAUAAGUGCGCAGGGGGACCUUACUCUGGAGUAUGCAACUGCCACCAACCCCACUGCCAUCACUCCAGAGGAAUAUUUUGACCCCGACUUUGACUUGGGAAAUAGAGACAUUGGCCGACCUAUUGAGCUGAGCAUCCGAACACAGAAGUUCAAAGGCACAUUGUGGAUGAGUGAGGAACACCCCCUGUCCCUGGUGGAGCAGGUAACUCCCAUUAUCGACCUCAUGGCUCGGACCAGUUCCCAUUUUGCACGGCUGCGAGACUUUGUCACCCUGAAGUUUCCUCCUGGGUUUCCUGUUAAAAUAGAGAUUCCCCUGUUUCACGUGCUCAAUGCCAGGAUUACCUUUGGUAAUGUCAACAAGUGCAGUACAGAGGAGCAAGUGAACACACCCACCGCAGCCACACCAACAUCUUCAGACGAUGGAGAAGCUGCUGCACCCCCUGCAUUCCAGGUGUGUCCCUCAGUGUUUGAGGUGCCACCGCACUACCGCCAUCGGGGGGGCAGCCGCCACACACCCAUGUCCAACCAUGAUGAGGAACUUUUGCAGUAUGCCAUCCAUCAGAGUCUUCUGGAGUCUAGCAGAGUACCAGGACAGGAGGAGGUCUGGGAUGAUGCCAGUGAUUCUAUGCCCAAUAGCCAGAGUGACAGGAGUAUCCCAGAGGGGGUGCUGGUGGAAUAUGGAAACACCUUCAGUCCUGAAAGUUCAGUCUUGGCCCCUAGCCCUGACUCAGAUCUCCGCCUGGCCAUGGAGCUAUCAGCACGAGCUCAAGAGGAAGAGGAGAUCAGGAGGAAGCAGGAGGAAGAAGAAUUGGAGAGAAUACUGCAGCUAUCACUCACUGAGAAAUAAAAAGGGAUAAGAGGUAAUAGGGAGUGAGGCUCACCAAAGUCCUCCUUUUCCAGAUCCAGAAGCAGCAACCACCACACCUCAAAUUACCUUCCCAGCCACUGUAGUCAUCUAUGCAACCUCAGAGUUUUUCUGCAGCAGGUCAUCAUUGCACAGGCAAUAUCAAACUCUCGGUAUUCAGUAUUUUCCAAAAGCUAUUUUUGGUAAGAACAUACUCCUUUAUAUAUUUGUAUCUCCACAUAACGCGUAUCACUUCUCGAUCCUCAAACUUCAUCCAUGGACUCUUUGAGAUUGUUUUAGAUUUUUUUUUUCCAGUUGAAAGUGACAGCUGCAACCCAUAAAUGUGUUGACCAUUUCAUUAUCAUAGGUGGGGUUAAGUCAGUGUAAUUGAGAGGCGGCAACUCAGCUGUUUUGGACUGCUAGAUGUGACUUUAUAUAACAGUGGCCCUCAAAUGUGGUCUUCAUUGUCCCUGAGUAUUGCUGUUUUUUUAAUCCUGCCUGGUAGUCCAUUUCCUUCAGAUGUAAUCCAAGGUGUAAGUCAGUUCCUGAUCAAACAACAGGAGUGAACAUUACUUCCAGAAAAGAAACUAGCACCAACCUGGACCUUGAGGACAUGGUUUUAGGGCCACUGCUACAAAGUCUUCCUGCUGAGUCACUUUGCAGAGGGUCAUGGUCACACUAAAUGAUUGAAUAUCUCAGGGUUCCACUAUUCCACAGUUCCUUCACUUUGGAAUAAGGUUUGUUAAUUAAUUGUAAAAACAAUGGGAAUCGUAGCGUGGUAAUUUAUGCCAAGUUUCUUUUGUGCAAAAUGGUAUCAGCCCUUUGCAUAUCUCUCAUUGCUUUACCUAUUAUUAUUUCGUAACUCUGGGUUCCAUUCAGUUACAGCCAGCUAGCAGGUUCAUAGGUAAAUACGAAGCAAGGUUCUUCUACGCAGUGAAUGUUCAGUAUUCAGAUGGGUAAUGAAAGCAUGUUACUAUGAGAGAAAAUGCAAAUCAGCUGCAUGAUGAUGUUGCUGAAGAAGAAUAGGAUGAGGGCCUAAAUCUACCUUAGAUAGAAACCAGAUUUGACCCUCUAACCUUUGUGGUUAGAGAGGUUGUCUUUAUUUAAAUGGAUCAUCAGUUGCCACUGAGCGACGUCAGCCAUUAUCACCUCAGUUCAAAGAAGCAAUAGCAGAGGAAGCUCUGCCUGUCUGUGGAUACAUAGCAUGCGGUUUAGCAGCGAUCACGCAGCCAGUGUAGAUAGAUAAUUAUAACAGGUCCAUUCAUUGUUUAGGAUUUUUUCUGAAAUAAGUCCUCAGAAUCAACAGAUAAGGGAGAUUUUGGAGCCAUUUAUUGCCACAAAAAACUGGAGUUGUCCAAGGUGAAGAAAAGACAGUGGACUGACAGAUGAAGUAUGUCUGCCAUAUCAAGGAUUUGUUUGGGAUGCAGGUGCCAAUGGAUUUUUUUUCUCUGAAAGCUUGGUUGUGGGAGAGCGGUGAUGACUAUUCUGUGUGAUGCCACUCUGACUACAUUUUGUUAAGUCAAACAGGAUUUUUUUUUAAAUUUUCACAACUUACAAACCAAGAUGAAGCUGUUAAAGGUUUAAUUGGGUGGUGCUGAAUAAAAUUAAUUAACCACUAUAGUUGAUUUCACAAAUGACAAACCACUCAUUAAAGUUUCUCCCCUUUGCUUUCUCUGGUUGUCAGGGGCUUCAGCUCAAAAACUAAUGAUCAAAUUGCCAAACUGCUGAACAGUCUACUUUACCAUGGUUAGCUUUGGUUAGAUUAACUGGGAACUUUCUUUGUAAUGCACCAUUUGCUAGCUGCAUUUUUUUUUAUUGUUAUUUUAUUUUGGGGUUUAAAUUUUAAGAAAAUUUGUUUGUUUUAAGAUGUUAUUUCUUAAAUAAAAGCACUUUAUUUCCA